AUGAAGGUGCCUGUCGACGGCGACCUGUCCGAGCUGGCCUGCGACUUCGUCGCGGCCAGAGGUUCUCAAUUCAACGAAGGCGUCGUCUUCAAGGAGAACGUGGAUCUUGUUCGCUACCCUGCCCGAGGAGAACCCACGACCAAUGAGUGGCGCUUGUGGUUCCUCGGUGGGCCCUGUCUUCGUGCCAGUAACCGUAUAUCUUAA